AUGGUAGCGCAGCGACGUGAUGCAACCUCCGGGGGAGAUGGUGAACGUGGGGAACAUGAUCUACCUGGUGUUCCACCGCCGAGAUCUCGAGGCCCUGAUGCCGCCUUUCCGGCAAAUGACAAAGUUUCAGUUGGCGACGGCUCACUGCCGCCAGAUCUAAGCAAAGAAAGCGCCCAGGGAGAUCCGUCACAGAGUGAAGCGACAGAACUCGUCCGAAACUUCUUCGAGCAUCUCUAUCCAGUUCCUUCCUAUGCAUUUUUGCAUCCUUCCGUGACCUUAGCGAAAUGUGACGAAGGUACACUAGAGCGACCGCUAGUUCUUGCCAUUUGUGCCUUGACCUCGUUGCACGUGCCUGUGCACAAUGUGGUCAUUGACCGGGAGAAGAGUGACACAUGGGUGUCGAAUGCAGAAGAGACCAUCUGGAAGUGUCUGGAAAAUCCAUCAAUGUCUCGACUGCGAGCCCUGUUAUUGACUGUCAGCUAUCGCAUGACUACAGGGAGUUAUGAAAAGGCAUUCAUGUUGACUGCUAUAGCCGCCCGCGCAGCAUCUGCAAUGGGUCUUAAUCAUGAGCAAACACACUUGGAUCCUAUUUUUGAGGAGAUCAGGCGCCGCACUGUAUGGUGCUUCAAGUUGCUUGAGUCCUAUUUUUCUAUUGGACUGACAGAAUUUGAAGUCUGCCCCUUUGAGUGCAUUUACUUACACCCUCCGUCAUCGGAAGACUCGUUUGGUUUGAUAUGUCCCCCCGGCUCUGAAGAUUUUGUCAUCUACGCGUUGAGAGAUCAAAAUGAGUUAGGGUCACUGAAUAUGUGUAUUCGGUUGGCCUCUGUUCGCAGGGACAUUAUGAAGUUGACACGGGAGCUCGCUGUUUGCAGCGAACCUUACCUGCAUCUCAAAGAUGUGACUGGGGGCCUCGAGGAUAUACUCUGUGAACUCAAAACUAAAAUGCCAAACCAAGCGGAAAUCUCGACCAAGGGGCUGAAGAAUUUGAUUGAAAGUCCUUGGCUGCCUCGUCACAUCAUGAUGUUUACCUUGUGGCAUGGGUGCUAUUUUGACCUCUAUCGGAUUUUCCUCCCUGGGUACCCUGAAGCUCCGCCGUCUGUGGUUUUGAGUACCAUUGAUGCGCAGUUUGUUCAUAUAGCGACUAGAACCUGUAUUAAACAUGCACUGUCAGUCGUCAAUUUGUUUUGCGACUUGAAUCAGACUUGUACCAAGCCCCGGCUGCUUGAAUUUGCUACAGGAGUGUGCGUUUAUCACGCCAUUCGAUUGAUUCUGUUUAUCGCUCAUUCAUCGACUGAGCCAGAUCUUCUUAGCCUUGAAUUCGCCGUGAGUCGGGCGGAGCUAUGCCUGGCGGCUAUCAAGAGAUUUUUCCAUGGGCUAGCCUUGGCACAGCCGAUCCUCGAUGAUAUUGCCCAAUUGAUCGAAACAUUCUCAUCAAGCAAUUCUGCCAUAGAGACUCUUUCCAUAUUUCACAAAGUGAAUCACGGUCGAAAGUCCGACACUUGGAUUUUAUCCGCUGCGCGACCUCGGCAACACUUAGCCGUCCACAGCGUCUUACAACAGGCCAAAUUCCUUACGGAGGAGCCUCUCUCAUAA